CACCACUUCCGUUCCGCUCUCUCCCGCCUCCUCGCCCAGUCGGGCCGGGAAAGGUCACCGCUGCCGGGGCUACCGCGGCUAUCUCGGCGCCGCAGGAGGCGCGGGCCGCCCUGGGAAAGGUCUCCCGCAGGCGGGGGAUUUAAUUAGCUGCUUGUGUCGCUGGCGAUAAGCAAAGGACUUUCCAGUGUGAUGUGCCGCCCCUGGGUGUGACCUCGAUGUUAGAUGAGAAGCAGCAGUCCUAGUCUGCUUGGAGAUGCUAGCCGAGCCCCAAGAAUUAAUGAGACUUCCAGGCAGGAGGUGCCCAGGAUAAAUCCCGACUGGCAGAGCAGCCCUGUCCAGCAUGACCAAACGCCCGCUGCUGCUGCUGCUGCUGCUGGCCGUGGGGGUGCUGGCUGGAGAGCUGUGGCCAAGGACCGAGGCCCGGGCAGCACCCUAUGGAGUGAAGCUUUGCGGCCGUGAAUUCAUCCGAGCAGUCAUCUUCACCUGCGGGGGCUCCCGGUGGAGACGGUCAGACGUCCUGGACCAGGAAGCUAUGGGGGGUGCCUUCCAAGACGCAGACUCCAACGCAGACAGCGAGCUGGAUGAGGCAGUGGUCUCCAGCGAGUGGCUGGCCCUGACCAAGUCCCCCCAGGCUUUCUAUGGUGGCCGACAGGGCUGGCAGGGCACCCCAGGGGCCCUUCGGGGCAGCCGAGAUGUCCUGGCUGGCCUCUCCAGCAACUGCUGCAAGUGGGGGUGCAGCAAGAGUGAAAUCAGCAGCCUCUGCUAGAAGGGGACCUGGGCAGUCAGGGGCACCAGGGUUGAAUGCCCCAGCCCUACCAUCCACCUAUACCGGUGUCCAGCUGGGCACCUGUUUCUGGCCCCUCAUGCAUUCAUUCAUCAGCAAGUCACAAAGGUCAGGCACUGUGGGCUCGGACAGAGUCCCCCAUCCAACCCUGACCUUUACGCAGCCUGUCCUGACCCUGAGCAGUCUGUGCCCCUGUCUGACCAAACGGGGACCCUGACCUCUGCACAGCCCACAUCAUGCCUUUCCUGGCCUACACUGUCUCCUGCUGCAAUGGAUGCCCCUACUCUACCCAGACUGGCCACACCGAGACCCUUGCCCAAAUUGUGACUCUCCUGUCCCAACUGUGGCCACUGUCCCCUCGCCAGCCCCAAGGAUAUCCCCCCCGCCCCGCCC